CUUCCAUGCUAAGUAAAUCAGAGAAAAGUCCAAACACAUUUUCGAGCAUUUUUCUGAUAUACUUUUGACCUUCAUGCCGGUCUAGACUGUCCAACAUGGGAGACAGAGAGAGGUGUACAGAGAAUGAGCAGAAGGAGGAGGAGGAGGUGGAGGAAAUGAAGAUGGCUCUUCGCUCUCCUCCACUCUACCCACUGCCUGAUGAGAUACAAAAGAUGGAGCAGACUGAGACGGUGUGUCGUUACUGCGGCAUCAGCUACCUCAUCUUCCACGAGUUCCACCAGCUCCAGACCAGACUGGCCGAGGUUGAGGCUGAGCUCCAGGAGCUGAGACAGGCCGCCCAGCAAGAGAAGGCCCAGCGAGAGACACUGGAGCUGGGCAGGCUGGAAUGGGAGAGAGGGGUCCACCUGGAGGUGCAAAGACAAGCCGAAGCAAAAGAGAAACGCAUGAGAGAGGAGCAAGACAAGAGGAAUGGAGAGAUGGAGAGAGCUCUGAGAGAGGAGUUUGAACAAAAGGAUGAGAGAACAAGGAGAGAGAUGGAGGCAGAGUUUGAGAAAAUGAGCGCAAAGAAAGAGAGACAACUUAGGAGAGAGCUCGAGCAAACAGCGUCUGAGAGAGCAAGGGAGGAGAGAGAGGACGUGGAGAGGAGGGCUGAGGAGAGGGAGAAAGUUCUGAGUGACGUACUUCAAAAGGCCAAUAAAAACUUAGACGAGCUGAGAAAAUACCUCCAACAGCUGGAAGAGAGGUGA